UUGCGAAGACGUGUUUACGUACAGUAACUACUGUAGACGUUUGAAAACAGCUAUUUAGAGAAGCUUACAAUGCUGCGGUUUAGGAUUUUAACAUAACUUUUUAUAGAAGUUGUUUUAAAGUGAAAUAAGAAAACUUUGAUUUGAAUCUGGAUUUUCAUUGACCAUCUUUGAAGCAUCUUCUUUUUAUGAAGCUCUUGCAUGUUUAAAAAACAAAAACAAGGAAAAUAGUUUCCCUAUAAGGAGAUUCAUUUUCAGGAUUUACAUGUUAUUUUGCAAUAAACAUGUAUUAAUGUAGGAUAAUGUCUUGCAGCCUUAUUUCUUUUCUGCGCCAUUACAGUUAUCUUUUGUGCUGAUGGGAAAUAAGCUAUCAGUAUUUUUUCACCUUUCUUUUUGUGAUGAGAAUUGCUUUUCUUCUCAACGGAAGUAAGAAAGCGCGCAGUAAACUGUUUCAUCUGGAUGAGAAAGCUAUUUGGCUGCAUCUCCGCCCCCAGAUCCCACCCAAUCUGGGUUACAGCCUCAAAACCCUGCAACAAACAACCCGUAUCUGACUGUUUAAAAAGUCAGAAGGCCAUCUUCUUCAUUAUAGAGGGAGAAAACUCUUUGCGCAAAUGUAGGCAAACUCUGCAUGGGCUGGUCAUUACUUUGACACUUUCUCUGCCUGUAAACGUGCUCAUUCUUUUCUUAUCGCAUUUCCCUGUAGGAAAUAUGUCUUACAGUAAGGAGUACUUGGAGCAUAUUCCAUUUGCGCCUCCUCUGGCUCUCCGCAGCAUCUCCAGCGCAGCGCGCUACCGGGAUGCGCUCCGACUUCCCUUCCACAUCGAAGCCACCUACCUGAACCCGGUCCACGAUCAGAGUUUAUCCUACGCACGGUUUCCCUGCUUCCCCUUCCACGCCUCCAUCGGCGUGUGUGAUUAUUCCUUCGAACCUGCGUUCAUCCAGAAGAGGAACGAGAGAGAGCGGCAUCGCGUGCGCUGCGUCAACGAGGGAUACGCGCGUCUCAGAGAGCACCUGCCGCACGAGUUUGAGGAAAAGCGGCUCAACAAGGUGGAGACGCUGCGAGCGGCUAUUGACUAUAUCAAACACCUGCAGAGUCUGUUGGACUUGAACGUCUCCGGUAUGGAGACGCACAUUGGAAAAGCCUGCAGGCGGAGAACAGAGUGCGGCAGUGAUGGAGAGUCCAAAACCAGCAUCAGCAACCGCGGGGAGGUGGUGUAGCUUGUUUUAUUAAAAAAAAAAAGACUAUAGAUGUAAAAUGUAAUGUGAAACGAUGUGUUUAAAAAACAAAUAAAACGACAGAUCUAAGAUGUCAAAAAGUCACGCAAAAAUGUUAAAAAUGAUGUGGCUACAAGAAAAAUGAGCAUACUGACUGUUGUUUAAGCAUUCAGAAGAAAAAACAGCAAACGUUUUUCUUUAAGCUUGUCACUCCUGCAGGUGCUUCAAGUUUAGAAGCUAUACUUGAAACUAUUUGCAAAAAGUGAAAACAUGUGUUUAGACUGUGGGUCAUUUUAAAAUGUGUGACACAGUUGUGAACUUUGACCUGAAAUGUAUUUUUGUUUUAUAAAUUUGAAUGAAGACUGGAAUGUCAUGCCAACAAAGUCAAAUAAAAACGACAUAAUCCUUUUUUAUUCAAUAGAAAUUUUAUUUAUCAUAUCUUCAUCACCGAAAUUAUUUAGUAACUUAAGUUUAUAUUCAGUCUUAAGAGGGACACUAAAAAGAAAAGAGAAGAUAAAGAAAAGAAAAUAGAAAAAAGGUGAAGAACAUUAAUUCGAUGUUAUUGUCAGAAUUCUGCUUAAAGGAGUGGUUGUUUACUCAAUUCAUUUGCAGUGGUCUAAAAAAACAUUUGCAGUGGUCUCCAGUAGGAAUGAAUGCCUUGUAAGUCCUCGAGGGGAAAACCCUGUGCACCAUUUCUCAGACCUAAAAGUUACCCACAUCACAGCUGAGCUUCAAACGGAAGGUUUUGGAGUCGUUUUCAUGAUAUUUGAACAUUUCGCCGCAGACUGGACAACAGCAACACCACUGACUUGCAACAUGGAUGUUUGAUCUUCACAGAUAACACAAGCCUGGAUGACCUUCUGCUGUGUGGUGAAGUUGCUAAUGCUAACUGUUAGCUUAAACUAGCCAAGACGUCCUCUGCUUUUCCCCGGACAUUAAAACAACAACAGCCUUCCCCGUCACGUGUCAAGAUUGUUCAGUCCAUGUACGCCAAUUCACAGUGUGACAUAGAUCUGUUAGGAUUUUUUAAUCGUAGAGUUUCACCGUCUAUUUUCUAUCAAAAGCUAAUGCAGGAAAUAGGUGUAGAAGACUUUUCUCAUGUUUAACCUGCAUAAAAAACUCAGAGUGAUCGUUUAUAAUCAGAAAAACAUUUUAAAACAUUUUUUCCAUCAACCACACCUUUAAAGUCGGGAUUCUUUAUGUUUUCCUGGCCCUAAUCCUUUUCCGUAUACUAUCAAAGUGUCAGGGACUGUAUCUGCCAUCAGUCCUAGCAAAAUAAUGACAUCUAUCCAAUUUCCUCUUCAAGUUAAUGUCUAUUAGUCUGAAGAUCUUUUGUUUUGUUUUAAUAUGAUGUUGAAAUGACAUUUAGAGCCCAAAAAAGCAUCAAUUUUGAUCUAAAUUAUCAUUUUAUAAAGUUACAUUCAGAGUCAACAGAACUCCGGUUUCAAAGGUUUCCCUCUCAGCUCAUAUCAGAGUCCUCAGGUCCAUUUAGAAGGAAACUUGAGAAUGCUGCUCUGAAUCUUUGGUGACCUGCAUGGGAAUGACUUCUUUUAAAAUUCCAAGUAUGCCCAAAACCACAAAUUUCAAGGUGUAAAUGCUGAUUCAAAGACCGUCAGGUUGCAGGUCAGUGAACUGCACAGAUUUGGAAGAAAAACAUUGACAAGCAUGAAGGCGUGACGAUCCCUCACCAAAGGUGUUUGUCAGAGCUGUGCUUGAAUUAGACCCAAUAAUUAGCUGAGUGCUGGGACCCUGAGCUUGAUGGUUCAGUGGCACUUAGAAGAUAAAAUCCUAAAGCUACUUAAAUGAAAGUCUUUGUCAUAAUGGAUGUUUUUUUUUUCCGGCAGAUUUUAAUCAGAUUCCUGCGUGGAUUCCUCCUCUUUCAUGGUGCUUUGUGGCAUAGUACAUUAAACAAGAGACAAGAAUAGUCAGAUUUGGUUUUCUUUAAUGCAUGGAACUGUUCAGAAAAUGGCGCAAAAGCUAAAGAUACAACAAAACACAGACCAUCACACUGCCGCCACUGUGCUUGAAUGUUGUUGUUUCCAUGUCAA